GAGCAGCCCUCUCUCUAGGGUUCUCUCUCUCUCUUAUGAAGCUCCAGUGAGAGCCAGAGUCUUGCCUAACCCUCUUGCUGACAGCUGGCCAUUGUGGAGGUGGAGGAGCCAGCUGCAAGCUGCCAUUCCAGGACCCUGCCACACCUGGGAGGCUGCUUAGGGCCGGGACACCCAGAGGAGGUGCCACCUGCCUGGAAGCAGUCAUGCAGUGUCCUUCUCACUGAGGAGGAGGGGCCCUUGCCCAUCCAGCCAGGGCCUUCACAGGGCAGGGAGAUGACAUCAGAGGACCUGAGUCCAGUCCAGCCUGGCGGGACAAAUGAACUGAGGGUGAUGUUGGACUCGGUGACCCAUAGCACCUUUCUACCCAACACGUCCUUCUGUGAUCCCCUGAUGUCUUGGACAGAUUUGUUCAGCAAUGAAGAAUAUUACCCCACCUUUGAACAUCAGACAGCCUGUGACUCCUACUGGACCUCGGUGCACCCUGAAUACUGGACCAAGCGCCACGUCUGGGAAUGGCUCCAGUUCUGCUGCGAUCAGUACAAACUUGAUGCCAACUGCAUCUCCUUCUGUCACUUCAACAUCAGCGGCCUGCAGCUGUGCAGCAUGACACAGGAGGAGUUCAUCGAGGCCGCUGGCAUUUGUGGGGAGUACCUGUACUUCAUCCUCCAGAACAUUCGCUCACAAGGUUAUUCCUUUUUCAAUGAUGCUGAAGAGACCAAGACCACCAUCAAAGACUAUGCUGAUUCCAGUUGCUUGAAGACAAGUGGCAUCAAGAGUCAAGACUGUCACAGUCGAACAAGCCUCCAAAGCUCUCAUCUGUGGGAAUUUGUCAGAGAUUUGCUUCUGUCUCCUGAAGAAAACUGUGGCAUCCUGGAAUGGGAAGACAGGGAACAGGGCAUUUUCCGAGUCGUUAAAUCAGAGGCCCUGGCCAAGAUGUGGGGACAAAGGAAGAAAAACGACAGGAUGACAUAUGAAAAGUUGAGCAGAGCCCUGAGAUACUACUAUAAAACGGGAAUUUUGGAGCGGGUUGACCGGAGGUUAGUGUACAAAUUUGGAAAAAAUGCACACGGGUGGCAGGAAGACAAACUAUGAUCUACGCCAACACCAAGCUCUUUUGAUGGAUUCCUGUUGUUUGAAACAAUCAGAUCAAAAUAGACAUUUGAAAGUCUUCUUCCUCCUCCUCCUUCCCCUCCUCCUCUUCAAAACCUACAAACACAAUGAUAAAAAUUUCUGCACAUCUCAGCUUA